AUGCCCGGCGGCAAGAUCACCUACGUUCCCCUGCAUCCUCCCUCAGACGGCGCCAUGGCAACAUCGUCCGCCGCCAACUGGACCAUCGACUUUGACGAGCUUGAGCGCGCCAUCACACCAAAGACCAAGAUGAUUGUCCUCAACACACCGCACAACCCCGUUGGCAAAGUCUUCUCCAAGGAGGAGCUCCAGAAGAUUGGCGACCUAUGUGUCAAGAACGAGAUCAUCAUCCUUUCCGACGAGGUAUACGACCGCCUGUACUACGUUCCCUUCACGAGGAUCGCCACGCUUUCCCCCGAGGUCGAGCGCCUCACCAUCACCGUUGGCUCCGCGGGCAAGAACUUUUACGCAACCGGCUGGCGCGUGGGCUGGCUCAUGGGUCCUGCCGAGCUUAUCCAGCACGUUUCCGCCGCGCACACUCGCAUCUGCUACUCUUCCGUGUCGCCUCUGCAAGAAGCCUGCGCCGUCGGGUUCGAGCAAGCCGAAAAGGAAGGCUUCUGGGACGAGACGAUCAAGGACAUGAAGGGCAAGAUGGAUCGCUUCAACGAGGUAUGGAAGGAGCUCGGCAUGCCCUACUCGGAGCCCGAGGGCGGCUACUUCGUCCUCGUCAACAUGGCCAAGGUCAAGCUGCCCGAGGACUAUCCUUUCCCUCCCCACGUCGCCAGCCGCCCGCGCGACUUCAAGCUCGCGUGGUUCCUCAUCCAGGAGGUGGGCGUCGCCGCCAUCCCGCCCACCGAGUUCUACACGGACGAGAAUGCGCACAUUGCUGCGGAUUACAUCCGUUUCGCGGUCUGCAAGGAGGACGAAGUGCUUGAGACGGCCAAGGAGCGUCUUCGCGGGUUGAAGAAGUAUAUCAAGGAAUGA